GAGUGGCUUCUGAACGAGCCAAUAUUGAGUGUAGUUUCACUACUGGACCAACAAAGAUGAAGGCGGAAGAUGGGACCAACAGCAAGUUGGAUAUGACGCUUGAUGAAAUUAUCAAGUUGAACCAAAAGGAAGCUCGUAAAAAUCAAAGAAUUCAACAGACUACAGCUCCACGUGGUAGGAGACGAUUGUUUACCCAAUCUUCGCAAAAAAUGCGAGUAUCCGCUGCCGGGAUUCGACUGCGCCGUUUGAAACAAAAACGACUUUCUCGAAAUAAUCGUCCUCCCCCUGAGUCCACUGCACAACAAUUUUUCGGGAAAAAUAAACGUGUGUUCACUGCCAAAAGUGUCCGUCCCAGUCGAGCAGCUGCACUUGCAGUACUUCGCAGAGCCCAGCGGACUGCUGCCGCUGCAGCGAAAACAGCAGCAGAUGCAACUGCACUUCUUCAGCGCAAUCGUGUGCGACGUCAGCAGUUGUUCGAUGAACGAAGAAGUAUCCAGACAACUCGCAUUGCCUAUGAAAGACGCCCUUCAGGGCGUAGAAGUGCACCAGUUACCGUACCUGGUUCCCGAGCAGCUUAUAAUACAUCUCGGGUUAUUGGUCGUACAUGGCAGACAGAGCAGCGGUCACAAAACUUUCAGAGACGUCUGCGUCGCAGACCUCGCCAGACCAUGGGGAUACCUCAAAGCGGCCGAACAUCCUUCCGUGAGGCCUCAUCUUCAAACGGUCCCUCACUUAUCAGUACAUCUGGCGGUAAUCAAAGGUGGAGUGAUCGUUCUACUUUUCGAGGUAAUGGUCGAGGUCGACAGCGUGGCACCUAUACACUUCCGGCAAACAAUAGCACGGUUUCUCGCGCCCGUAAUGCAGAAUAUCUUGCUCAAGCUCGCGCUCUCAUCCGUGCACAACACGAACAUGUUCAAAGAUAUAGCUCAAAUGAUGCACCCAGGAUAUCAGUUUGGGCUCCUAAUUCUCACAGUGCACCACAGAGAAACUUAAACUACUAUGCCAAAUAUUGGGAUAACUAAAGUGUGCUAAGAUUGGUUACCCAUCAAGUGUGUUCGGAGAAAUAAUAUGACUGUACUUAACGAUACACAAUAAAUCCGUUUGCAUCUUAACUUACAUGUUUAAUGAAUUUCAAACCUUUGCUGUCGUUGAUAAAUAAGAUAGCAACUACCUACAUGUACAACUUAUAAAAAAGAUCUUAAAAAAUUUCAACUUAUUUCAACUACCCUAGUAAAGUACAAUCCAUGUUGUUAUGUUGUAAAAGCGAUAUAAAUUGCCAAUUCAGUUGUAUGUUUUUGUACGUUUUUUAGAUUUCAAUCUGAAGCAUUUCAUUUUCAUUAAAGUAUAUGGUGAUGUUUUAAAGAUAGUUUUUCUCUAUUUGAACUGGUCCAUCUAUUUCUUCAGAAUGCAAAUAGUCAUUGUUUCUAAUUCCUUCAGUGAAUGCUAUUUCUUAAUUUGUUGCAAUAUCCAUCUAAAACUGAGGUACUUUUGUCUAUAAUGUGCUUUCCACUACUCAUCAUCUUAUGUAAAACAGGA